AUGUCUGAAUUGAGGUACGACGGCCAGGUCGUCGUGGUUACUGGCGCCGGCGGUGGACUUGGAAAGGCAUAUGCUACGUUCUUUGGCUCAAGAGGUGCCAGCGUCGUUGUCAACGAUCUUGGUGGCUCCUUCAAGGGUGAGGGACAGGGCACAAAAGCUGCUGAUGAAGUCGUCAACGAGAUCAAGAAGGCCGGCGGCAAGGCUGUGGCCAACUAUGACAGUGUCGAGAAUGGAGACCGUAUCAUUCAGACUGCGAUCGAUGCUUUCGGCCGCAUCGAUGUCCUCAUCAAUAACGCUGGUAUCCUCCGUGAUAUUAGUUUCAAGAACAUGAAAGAUCAAGAUUGGGACCUCAUCUACAACGUCCACGUCAAAGGUGCAUACAAGUGCGCGAGAGCUGCCUGGCCACAUUUCCGUAAACAAAAGUAUGGCCGAGUCAUCAACACCGCAUCAGCUGCUGGUCUCUUUGGCAGCUUUGGCCAGUGCAAUUACUCGGCUGCCAAACUAUCUCAGGUCGGCUUCACCGAAACUCUUGCGAAAGAAGGCCAAAAGUACAACAUCAUGUGCAAUGUCAUCGCCCCGAUUGCGGCCAGCCGUAUGACUGCGACCGUCAUGCCCCCAGAUGUUCUAGACAACCUCAAGCCCGAAUGGGUUGUGCCCCUCGUGGCUGUACUUAUCCACAAGUCCAACACCGAGACUGGCUCUAUCUACGAAGUCGGUGGUGGGCAUGUGGCUAAGCUGAGAUGGCAGCGUGCCAAGGGUGCCUUGCUCAAGGCCGACGACUCCAUGACGCCUGGCGCUAUCCUGGCCAAGUGGAACGACGUGAUUGACUACUCUCAGCCUGAGUAUCCCACUGGCGUCGCAGACAUGGUGGCCAAGCUUGAGGAAGCUGGCAAGCUGCCUCGAAACGACCCCGGCGAGCCUAUUGACUUCAAGGACAAGGUCGUGCUCGUCACUGGUGGUGGCGCCGGUCUUGGUCGCAUCUAUUCGCUGUCCUUCGCCAAGCUUGGUGCGAAGGUUGUUGUCAAUGAUUUGAUGAACCCUGACGACGUGGUCCAGGAGAUCCAGAAGCUUGGUGGCACCGCCGUCGGCAACAAGGCAUCAGUCCUUGAUGGCGACGCAGUGGUCAAGACCGCCAUCGACAACUUCGGCAGGGUUGACAUCAUCAUCAACAAUGCUGGCAUUCUCAAAGACAAAGCGUUCGCGAAUAUGACCGAUGACCUCUGGGAUCCCGUCUUGGAUGUUCAUCUGAAGGGAACGUACAGGGUCACCAAGGCCGCCUAUCCCUACAUGCUGAAGCAAAAGUACGGCAGAAUCGUCAACACCACAAGCACAAGCGGUAUCUAUGGCAAUUUUGGCCAGGCAAACUAUGCUGCAGCGAAACUUGGUAUCCUCGGCUUCUCUCGUGCGUUGGCUCUGGAGGGUCGUAAGAACAACAUCUUCGUCAACACCAUUGCUCCCAACGCUGGCACACAGAUGACUCGUAGCAUCCUCCCCGAGGAGCUCGUCCAGGCGUUCAAGCCAGAUUAUGUUGCUCCUCUCGUCCUUCUCCUUUGCUCGGACAAGAUGCCAGACCCACCCACUGGGCUGCUCUUCGAAGUCGGAAGUGGCUGGCAAGCUCGGACACGCUGGCAACGAUCCGGGGGUCAUGGUUUCCCCAUUGAUGUCAAGCUUGUUCCUGAGGAAGUAGUAAAGCACUGGAAGAAGAUCAACGAUUUCGAUGAUGGUCGUGCCGAUAACCCGGAAGGUGGUCAAGAUGGUCUCAAAUCCAUCAUGGCCAACAUGGAGAACAAGGCCAACAAGUCCUCGGACGGUGAUGAGAGGACCGAUUAUCUUGCCGCCAUUGACAAGGCCAAGCAAGCUAAAUCGUCCGGUACGGAGUUCUCGUGGGAUGACCGCGACGUCAUCCUCUACAAUAUGUCUUUGGGCGCGAAGAGAACUGAGUUGCCGCUCGUAUACGAGAACAACGAUAACUUCCAGGUUCUGCCCACCUUUGGUGUCAUUCCAUUCUUCAACGCACAAUCGCCAUUCAGCAUGGACGACAUUGUCCCCAACUUCUCGCCUAUGAUGCUCCUUCAUGGCGAACAGUAUCUAGAGAUCCGCAAGUUCCCUAUUCCCACCACAGCUAAGACUAUCUCAUACCCCAAGCUGGUCGAAGUUGUCGACAAGGGUGCUGCGGCUAUUGUGGUCAGCGGCAUCACUACUAAGGACGCGAACACCGGCGAGGAUCUCUUCUACAAUGAGUCGACUGUCUUCAUUCGCGGCUCUGGUGGCUUUGGCGGUCCCAAGAAGGGUGCAAACCGCGGCGCCGCCACUACAAUCCAUCAAGCGCCGAAGCGUGUUCCUGAUGCUGUCGUUGAGGAGCAGACUUCUGGUGAUCAGGCCGCCCUCUACCGUCUCAACGGUGACCGCAAUCCUCUGCACAUUGAUCCCGAGUUUAGCAAAGUGGGUGGUUUCAAAGACCCUAUUCUACACGGUCUUUGCUUCUUUGGCUUCAGUGGCAAGCACAUUGUACAAAAGUUCGGGCAGUUCAAGAACAUCAAGGUGCGGUUUGCGGGUACCGUCCUUCCUGGGCAGACUCUGGUCACAGAAAUGUGGAAGGAGGGCAACACGGUUGUGUUCCAGACUAAAGUCAAGGAGACUGGCAAGCUGUGCAUCGCUGGCGCGGGUGCAGAAUUGAGGGGCGAUGCGAAAGCUAAGCUGUAG